AUGUCGCCUACUCAAGUCAUGACCAGGCCUUGCCGCUCCCCUUUCCAGUUGGAUGGAGCAUCGGAAACGUACUUUGCGAGGUACCCCGGAUCAGCCCCUCUUCCAUCUCCUUCAGUCGAGCCUCUCCCGACUAAGGAGGAGCUUCUCGAGCUUUGCGACUCAGUCCGAACAUGCCUCAGCCGUGAGAGGAGCCUGGGGCCCGACGCAGACAAGAUCCAGAGCCUCCUCGAGAGAGCUCUCAAGGACGAGUUGCGCCACACACCGUCCCUCGACUUCGAGACUCUCCAGUAUGCGCGCCUCGACAAGCUCCUGUCCGACAUCCUCGACCCCGCCCACCGUCCAUCGCCGAUCCCCCUCCGCUUCCGCGCCGACAUGGCCGUCGCCGAGAGCCUGCAGAAGAUGUGGCGCACCCGCUUCCGCGAUCAGUACUUCUCCAUCGACCAAGUCCGCCAACGCAGCCUGUCCGUCGGCGGCGAGAUGCGCGACAUCAGCUUUACGCCCGAGGGGCAGGAUCCCCUCGAAUCGUGGACUGUCCAGUACAGCUGUCGCGAACCCGUCUCGGAGCUAGAGGGAAACCAGAAGUUCGAACCUGGCCACUGGUGGCUGAACCUUGCUUGCGCCCACCGCGAUGGCAUCAUCGGCACCGCAAUCGAGAAGCCCACCAAGGGCAAGUACGGCGUCACCGCCCUGCCCCUCCUCACCGGCCGCGAGGAGCACGUCCGCGGCAACCUCUACCGAUACGUCCGCGAGGGCCGCCUCUCCGACAUGCACGUCUCCCUCCUUACCCAGGUCGGCACGCAGAUCCGCAUCCUCAGGGGCUACCGCCUCAAGAGCGUCAUCGCUCCUCAGGCCGGCGUGCGCUACGAUGGACUUUACAUCAUCCGCCAAUAUGGCAACAAGCUGGAUGCUACCACCGACAAGUACCGUCUCGAGCUUCUGAUCGAGCGCGUCGAUGGACAGAAGUCUUUCGAUGCGGUACAGCAGGUGCCCCGCCCGUCGCAGAUGGACGACUGGCAGACGUUUAAGAAGGUCGAGGCCGAGACCAUUCGCCAGCGAAAGGGCGAUGACGGUCUUCUCGACUUCAAGCUGCUCAAGGAGGAGGAGCGUAUCGACCGCGAGCACUGGAGGCGUGCGAGCGAGUUCAAGGCUUCGCUUGGCCAGGAGGGUUGUGGAUUGGGACUAAUCAUGUCCGCUUGA